UAUCUGCCUAUAUGUACAGGUUUACUACAAGUAUGGAGGGUCAACUAUGAGUGGAUUAUACGAUAUGUUUCACCCUGUUCUAAUGAUUGGCGAUCCCGAAUUACUCAAGCACAUCCUCGUUAAAGAUUUUGAUCAUUUUGUCGACCGUCGGCUGUUUAUGGCUGAAGAUGGAAGUCUUAUCAACGAAAUGCUGAGUAACAAGACUGGAGACGAGUGGAGGGCUCUCCGAGCCGUCAUGACACCAACCUUCACCUCCGGCAAGAUGCGUUCCAUGUUCCCUCUCAUCUGUGACAAGGCAGACUCUCUUGUAUCUUUUACUCUUAAAGAAGCUUCUCAGAAACCUUAUGUUGAUAUGAAGGUAAAUUUUGGACGGUUCACAAUGGACACUAUUGCUUCCUGUGCUUUUGGUAUUGAAUGUAAUUCCUUCACGAGCGAGGUGCCGGAGUUUGCCAAAUUGGCAAAAACAUUCUUUGAUUUUUCAUUGAUAAGGCUGAUAAAAUUUACCUUUUUGAAUAUGUAUCCAAAAAUUUGCAAUGCUAUUGGCAUUAAAAUAGAGCCUUUUAGUGUGAAAUUCUUCAUAAGUGUGGUAGAGGAGACCAUAGCCGCCAGGAAGGCAGGUCAAAAAAGAGGCGAUUACUUAGACCUUCUCCUUGCCGCGCGGGACGGUCAUCUUACCCAGGAAGUAUCCACUACUCACACCCAGUCCACCACUACAGCCACUGAAAACCAAGUGAGCAUCACCCACGAUUCUAACGCCCUUGAAACAAACAAAACAUUCAUCACUUCAUCUAAACAAGUGCUGACGGACAGAUGUAUCGUGGCUCAGUGUGUGCUCUUCCUCAUCGCUGGUUACGACACCACGGCGGCUGUUCUAGCCUUCUCUGCUUUUCUGCUGGCCAAACAUCCCGUACACCAGCAGCGUCUCCGCCAGGAGGUGCAACAGAUGGUUGAGGAACAUGGUGAUAUUACCUACCAGGGCGUAAUGGAAGCUAAGUUCCUGGACGCUUGUCUCAUGGAGAGCAUGAGACUCUACCCGGCCGGCACCUUCGCGGAGCGGGAAUGUACCAAAACAUACAAACUACCUGGCACUGACGUGAUACUGCGUCCAGGUGACUUAGUGACCAUCCCAAUCUGGAGUUUGCACCACGACCCUCGCUACUGGCCGGCACCUGAGGUGUUCCUGCCAGACCGCUUUCUGCCGGAGAACAAGUCCAAUAUCACUAAUUUCACUCAUAUGCCCUUUGGGAUGGGACCCAGGAGCUGCAUAGCAAUGCGGUUUGCCCUGAUGGAGGCCAAAGUUGCCCUGGCUAAGUUGAUACUGAAGGCAAAAUUGCGUCUAAAGAGCGGCCACGAGGAGGUGAAGGUGGCAUUAUCUCCUGUGCUCUUGAGACCAGAAGGAAGCAUCGAUGUUGUGAUAACUCCUCUGGCUACCAGCACACAAAACUAACUUCACCCACCAUAAGUGACUACCAUCCACUACAUAAAAAGUUCUCUAUGUCUCCCUAAUUAUCCUUAAAUAUAAUAAUAAACAUUAGCAGUGCCUUACUGAGAUUACAAAGUGUAUAUUAUAUGUGUAACUACUUUCGUUAUGCUUAAGUAUUGUCCUCAUGUGUUCUUGUACGUGUAAACUGACACUUCAACACCCUAAGUUAUCAUUUCAUUAUUGAAUAUUAUAUAUAUCAACUUGAGGUACCUGUAACUCUUGUCCCGUAUAUGUUAUAAUAUAUGAAAAAAAUAUUAGGAAUAAAUGUUAAGACAAUAAAUUAGAUAAUCUGGA